AUGCUGUCAUCCGGAGUGGAGACUCAGCCAGUUCCACUUGAUUCCUCCAUGUCUGCCGUGGUACAGGAAUUAUUCUCUGAACUCCCAGUGAGUGUCUCCAAAGAGCUUCUUGCUGACCCUGAGCCAAGUGGGAUUCCAGAUGUAAAACCCGGAGCCUCCAGGGCUCUCCUAAGUCAGAAUAGGACCCUGCCCGUGGAACAGCAGAGGACUCAUGUGGAAAGUUGUUGUGAAGAAAACUCUGAGACGUUGGAUGAUGGGGGUGAGCCUGGGCGGUGUGGGCUGGUGGAGUCCACAGCAGGAGGUCCUAUGGCUUCUGGGAUCAUGGAUAGGGAAGAGAAAACCAAGAGCUUGGAGCUAAAGGUCUUCGGAGAUCAAGGGAACCAGGAAGAAAUUGUAAGGGACUCCUGUGAGGAAGAUCUGAGUCAACAUUCCACAGCUGCGGGAGAAAAGAUCAGCCCACAUCAGGAGGAACUCCUGAUGCAGUCAAGGAAAGAACUUUUAAGUGCUGACCUCCCUGAAGAUUUUCUAAGGAGCAAAGAAGGAAAUGUACAGAUUACAACUGAAACUCUGCUAAAAUCCACUGCAAAAGAAAAAGUACAAGGUAUAAAGGUCACUGAGACUGAGACCGAUACUAAUGAAGGACACAGGCAUGGCAGUGUGAGUGGAGGUCGCACAGCUGGGUACAGCGAAUACUCAGAAGGAGAGAAAAUCACGACCAGUGUUGAGGUUUCAGAAACCAGCACAUUAGCUUCCCUAGAGCCUUUAACAUUUGUAGACCCUGGAUUAACAGAAGCAAGUUCUACAGGAAAAGAAUGUGAAGAAUUAAAACCUUGUCCUUCUUCACUGUCAUUAUUACCAGGGAACAGUGCCACUUCCAAAGUGGACAAUGAGAAGGAAGAGUUGUGUAAAGUAAACCUUGCCUGUGAAGCAGAUGACAAUCAUCAGCAGAUGCCUGGCAACCGUAAUGAAAAACACAGUUCUCCACAGGACAGCCCCAUGGCCGCGAGAAGUUCUCCACAGGACAGCCCCAUGGCCACGAGAAGUGCACUUGUUGCAGAGCACUUGGAAGAAAAUUCUAAACUUUCGUAUUUCACAUCAGGCCUGUCUGAUCUAGAAUCCAGAACAUCAUCCCUAGAAGAAUGUUGUUUGGACGGUGAUGGCUUGAUGAAACAAUCUGCUGAAAAGACAGACACUUCCUGCUUUGAUCAGGAUGAUCAAAACAAGAGCUUGGCUUCCCAUGAGGAAAAUGAAGAACCGCUUUUGAGCCCUGGGAGUGAAAGGGGGAAACACUCUUUUAUUAUUCCCAGCCAACCAAAAGAGGAUGGUAGUGCUGAUCAUUAUUCUGGUGAAAAAGAGACUAUUGACUCUUCAAAAGAAAAUACCCAUGAUGACUAUUAUGUUCAAGGCAGUAUCCAUAAAGAGAGAUAUAGUUCCUUAAUGCCCAGUUAUUUUACUAAAGUCACAGAAGUAAUAUUGAAAGAAAGUGAUUUGCCUAUCACUUCACACAUUCAAGGGAGUUUGACAAACCAUGAGGACCACAGAGAAACUUUUGCUACUAUUAGCCAUCCAGUCAGACACUGUGAAGAAAGCAGAGUUUCCCCAUUGAUGCAGAUUGAAGAACCAGAAUGGACAAUCACGAUAGAUCCCAAUAUGUUUAGUAAAAAGAUUUAUAGUAACAAUAAAGACUCAAACUCCUUAGUCAACCUCCAAAGGGACCUGGAAAGCAACACCCAGUUAAAUGAAACAUUUCUGUUCAGUAGAAAAUCCCUUUUGAAUAUAAUGCCAAAAGACCGGCUAAGUCUUGUAAGUGUGGUGUCAAAACCCAAGAAAGAUACUCUUCAGUUACCCCGACCCCUAGAAUGUGAUUACAGACCUGACUCAGAACAAACUAUAAAGACUUCAUAUGAUGAUAUUCCACAUUUAGAGGAACAGAGUACUGCUUGUGAGGUGAGUGAACUUUCUUCUACUGAUGAACUAUUUUUAAACCAAGUAGCAAAUGAAUGUGUUUCAAAUCAACAAGUGUCCCUUAAUUUUCAAGACCGUGUGAAGUUGCCAGCUGACUCCCUACACAAUAGAAACAAAGAGCUUCCUGGAGCACCAAGUGAGCAUUUCCAGCAGAGCCACCACCCUUCAUUAGAAGACAGAGCAGAUGUCACUGCUGACACCCAAACCAUUCCCAUGAAGUCUAGAAUGAAAAACAUCUUUCCACCAUGUGACAAACCCUGUGGUGCCUCUUUCAGCAUUUCCACCUUAAACAUCAAACCAGGAAUCCUGGGAAGGAGGAAAGGAGUGGGUGACUCAGGAACAGGAGAUCUACAUUCCAGGCUUCUGUCAUGUAAGAAUGAAGCAACUGGUGUUCCUCAGGAGGUCUCUGUCAUGGAAUGUCCAAAUAUCCAGUCUCAGGAUAAAACUUGUAGCCAUUGUUUAUGUAAAAAUGCAUCAGAAGAGGGCAUGUGUUCUGCUUAUACUCCUUUGGAGUCCAGCAAAAUCAUUCUGGAAGCUGAUAAUUCUUUGAUAGCAAAAUGUGAAAAUGGACUUCAGCAAAGCAAUCACCACUCCCAAAGAAUGGAAAAGUCCAUGGAAAGUAGUGCCCAUCAAGUGAGUUACACAUCAGAGCAAAGUGAACUUGAUGGGAUAGAAACUAAAGGUAGCCUUCAAGAAGAUAAGAUCAGAAAGGAAACUGCAGUAGGGAUGUUAAGUAAUGGAGCCCCAAACAAAAACAUUUGUGUCAUCAAAAACAGUGAGGAAAGGCUAGAAGGAAAGGGACAGGAUUCACCCAAAGAGACUGUGUUUUGUAAAUACAACAUCCCUGAUUGUACUCCACGAGGAGUAAACCAUUCUGCAAACAUUCCAAGUCCUGAAAAAUUGAUGGACCAGUCUCCUAAUGUUAUGUUCUCCAGUUUUAAAAGUAUGAACCAAGCAGAAGAACCUCUGAAUAAUAAGCCAGAUGAGGUCCUUGACUUCCAGAGUAGCCAAAACAGACUAGAUGAAUGGAGGAGUGAAGAUAAACCAGCUAAGGAGAUGGAAGAUCGUGAACAGAGAGAGACCAUCACAGAGCCUAACAGAGACAGAAGUCACAACCAUGAGGAUCUGAUGGUCGGUUCAAACAAUAGUCACCCACCCUCUUGUGGUAGUCCAAAGAAAAAUGAUUUUAAACGAGGCUUUGAAAAUAUUCUUGGUUGUGCAGACUCCACAAACACAGACUAUGGUAACAAGGCUGCAGAAAGAGUGCUGCACGGAAAGGCAUCUGAUUCACCCAUUAGCACUGUAAAGCUGGAUAAACCAGCUCUCCGAGAGACCUCACCGAGUGCCCUGUGUCAGAGAGGAGAGCUAAAUGCUACAUUGGUAAGAAUGAUUGACCCGGACUCCGAUUUCCCCAGUGCUGCUUCUUCUACAGUGGAGUCUCUUGAAAUAAAAAAAUUAUGUGAAGAGAAAGUAUACAGAUCUCUAAAAGAUUGUGAAAUAGAAUUGUGUACAGACUCAAGUGCCCAUGAGAUAGAGUCUGUUGCGAAUCAUGAACUAAAUGUAAGACUAUUGGAUGGAGUAAAUGUGUCUUUAAAUAAUACUCAUCAUUACCAGUCAGUUACAGGAGCAUCUCUGAGAGAAGCACACGUAAUGCAUAAAGGAUCAAGACUUGAAGUGAAUUCUGAGUCUGACAAGGAAAAUUCCUUUGGAAUUUCUUCAAAAGACUUGUCUUCUAGAUGCCAAAAUGAGGACUCUGCUCCUUCAGGGAGCCUACACUGCACUGAGAAAAUGCCAUCACACCUGCCUUCUCAGGAAAACUUAGAAACUGAUGUUUAUAAAACUCUGAGUGGAGAAAUGGACAUGAAAAAUCUUUUGAAACGUAAAGAUGGUGAAAUACUUCGUGAAAAUGUAAAGAACUGCAUCGUCCUGCCUGCGAUGAAGGAAGGAGCGCCAAGAGAUAGCCGUAGUCCUAGUGAAGGAGCCAGUGCAGGUAUCAGUGUGGAAAGGGCCACGUCAGAAGUUUGUCACCCUGGUGAUGGACACUUGCCUUUGACGUUGGAAACCGAAGCUAAAGUGAGAAGAGAAGAAAUGGAGGAACAGCAGGGGGAACCACUAGGUCACUUGACUCUUGGGGAGGAAUCUGAGGAGAUGGUGAGCAGAGAAGAUGGUUAUGUUUAUAAAGUGGGCAGGGUUUCUCCGACUCCCUUUAAGUGCAACAGAACACUUGGUGACGCUGAAGAACAACACAGCCAGAGGGUUUUGGACAGUCCUUUGCAGAAGGAAGAGGAAUAUAUACAUCAAAUAGGAGCUUAUGCUGUGUUGAAACAAAGCACAUCAUCUAAUAUGUUGUCCGCUAAGGUACAAAAUAACCCGCCCCCCAAGGAUUACAAAGAUGAGUCCACCAUGAUGAAGGAAAUACCCCCAGCAAAGCCGGCCAGGGACAGCCUUGCUGCAUGGUCUCAGAAGUUGAAAGAGCCAAAGGUGAAAAGCUUGUAUCAUCCAUUGAAGAAGGACAUCAGGUUGUCUUCAGGCCCUUGCCUUCCUGGCACCCCCCAGAAAGCACAAGAUCUCCACUCUGCUGGGUAUGAUCAGCUCCAUGGUGCCUUUGGGAGCACUUCACAUCAGAAAGGGGUGCUUCCCAUGAAGAAGCAGCCCCAUCGAACGUGUAAGAGAGCUUCCUGUCAGGAUCACGUAAAGUUGAGAAGAAGUGUAAGUAAAAUCAGAAGCUCUGCCUGUUUAAAGAGCUCCUCAGACACCAUCCCCACAAAAGAACCCAGACUUCUCAGUUCAUGUGCUGUGUCUGUACCUGCACGAUUGGAAUCCGAAACCGUAAUACCCAGGAGCUCAGCUAGCCUCAUACCAAAGCAGAGGGCUGCACCGUGCCAUCUCUCAAGGAGCCUGAACUUCAGGAAGCCUACCAAAGAAUCAGCCUUACUGAGCAAGCUGUCCGUCCUCGCCCAGAAACUGGCCCCAGCAACAAAAACCCAGAGACUGAGAUAUUGGCGUUGUUCCUCUGAACUCCUUCCGGUGGCCAAAAGCUAUAAGCGGCUCAGAUAUAAAAGGUUCCUGGAUGGAUUUUCUUACAAUACAGUGCAGCUGAGUCCAUAUCUGGCAGCUAGUAGGUGGGAUAAGAAGCCUAACAGUAAGCCUGUGGCACUUUAUUCUCUCGAAGCCAUCAAAAUGAGCUUCAUAGAUCUGAGCAACAAAAUGCCGUCCCUGCUGUUGGGUACUGAAGUCCUCCCGGUAUCCUUUCAUGCGAACUCAGGUUCCGAUUGCAUGGCUGAGGCCUCCAGGACCUUCCCCGAGCACUGUGCUCCAGCAAGGCUUGCCUUAGCAGAGGCCCCCAGGUGCCCAUCUCAGUCUCCCAAGUGGACCUUUUCUUUCUUCUUCUCCUCACACAGUGGUUCUGGGAUGGCCACAUUCAGGGACGACGCUGGCCUCCAGGGUCAGGCCCAUUCCCAGGCGCCUCCAGCUCCUCUCCAGGACUCCGGUGGCACUGCCAUAGUCCAGACCAGAGCAGGUUUCUCUGUCCUCGGCCUUCAUACGCUGCUAGCACUUUGUUCCCCUGGAGGUUACCGGAUCUGGACAAAGAAACGGAGCUUCUCCAACCACAUGCCCACCAUGCAGAGGCUCUUCGUGACGCAGUUUACACAGGGCUUGAAAGGGUUAAGGUCUCCAGCAUCCAUAGCAGACAAGGUCUUCUGUUCUCUGCCCUACUCCGUGGGCAGGGUGCUGUCCAUUUGGAGCCAGCAUGGGCCUUCUGCCUGCCCCUUCGAAAUCUCUGCUCUUCCUGCCAGUCACAGCAAGUGGCAGCCAAGCCUGCAGCCAAGCCUGGGCACCACGAGCAGCCACACCGUGUUACCAUAUGUGCCUCUCCCAGGCAUGGAAGCUGCGUAUAGCACCAGAGGCAGUCAGAUGAGGCUAGAGCCUCCAUUCUCUGCCUUGGUGCCAAAGUCUUGCUUGGUAACAGAAACAGCUGUCAGCAAGCUCCUGCUUUCAGCCUCUGAGUUCCAGGUUCCUGGAUUUGAUGAGUUGGAUGGCGUGACAACAGUGUGCCCCCGACCACAGAGCAGGCCUCCCGAACAGAAAGAGGAUGAGCCAGAGAAGAGGCCAAAGAAAGUCUCACAGAUUCGCAUCCGGAAAACCAUUCCUAAGCCAGACCCUAACCUUACCCCCAUGGGCCUCCCUCGUCCCAAAAGGUUAAAGAAGAAGGAAUUUAGUUUAGAGGAGAUAUAUACCAACAAGAAUUAUAAGUCCCCUCCUGCAAAUAGGUGUUUAGAAACCAUCUUUGAGGAACCUAAGGAACGAAAUGGUACGCUCAUCUCCAUCAGUCAGCAGAAGAGGAAGCGAGUUCUAGAAUUUCAAGAUUUUACGGUCCCGCGAAAGAGGAGAGCUCGUGGUAAAGUCAAGGUGGCGGGCAGCUUUACCAGGGCCCAGAAAGCAGCCCUGCAGAGUCGAGAGCUGGACGCACUGUUGAUACAGAAGCUAAUGGAACUGGAGGCCUUCUUUGCCAAGGAAGAGGAACAGGAGCAGUCAUCAGGUUGUUGA